AUGUUUAUUUCUUUGUGGGACUUCUUCUAUGGGCACUUUUUUCGAUUUUGGAUGAAAUGGCUCUUACGACAGAUGACUGGAAAGUGUGAAUUGCAGCGAAUUUUUGAUACCUAUGUAGGUGCACAAAGGACACACAGGAUAGAAAAUUCCUUGAUGUACUCCAAGAAUAAGGUUUUACAAAAAGCAACACUUGUUGUUCAGAGUGAAGUGGACAAGUGCAUAGAAGAUAUAAUGAGAGAAAAGAAUAUCAACCCUGAGAAGGAUGUCAGUUUUAAAAUCUGCAUGAAGGCAUGCUUACUGCAGAUAUCCGGUUACAGACAGCUCUAUUUGGAUGUAGAAAGUAUGAGAAAAAAACCAUAUGAUUCUGAUAACCUGCAACAUGAAAAGCUGCUUCUCAAGCUUUGGGAUCUUUUAAUGCCCACGAAAAAAUUGAAGGCUAGAAUCUCCAAGCAAUGGGCUGACAUUGGUUUCCAGGGUGAUGAUCCCAAAACGGACUUCAGAGGCAUGGGCAUACUUGGAUUAAUCAACCUUGUGUAUUUCAGUGAAAAUUAUACCAGGCAAGCUCAUCAUAUUCUUUCCCGUUCAAAUCAUCCAAAACUAGGGUAUUCUUAUGCAAUAGUUGGAAUCAAUCUGACAGAGAUGGCUUAUAGCUUACUGAAGAGUGAAGCUUUGAAAUUUCAUCUCUACAACCUUGUUCCUGGUGUACCAACAAUGGAACACUUUCAUCAGUUUUAUUGUUAUCUUGUAUAUGAAUUUGACAAGUUUUGGUUUGAAGAAAAGCCAGAAAGCAUUAUGUAUUUCAACAUAUACAGAGAGAAGUUUCACGAAAAGAUCAAAGGACUCUUACUGGAUUGUAAUGUAUCACUUGCUUUAAAAAUAUGA